AUGGGUAGAAGAAAUUUUAAAAAGGGCAAGACCUUUGGUGCUCGUAACGAUGAUGAUAACGGUAGAGGUUGGUCUGAAUUAGUUAAGGAGAAUGAAAAAUGGGAACAAUAUUACAAAAAAUUGGGAUUGAUCUCUGAAGAAGAUUGGCCUGUCUUUAAAAGUACCUGCCAAGCUGCAUUGCCCUUAACUUUUAGAAUCACUGGGUCAAGAGCUCAUGCUCAAGAAGUCUUAGAUUUAUUCCAACAAAGACAUUUGGCUAAUUUGACCGGUAUCGAAUUCGAAGGUGAACCUGUUAAACCACCUGUGGAAUUGCCUUGGUAUCCAAACCAUCUGGCCUGGCAAAUCGAUGUCCCCAAAUCUGUCAUUAGGAAAAAUCCACAAUUUGCUAAAAUGCAAAGAUUCCUAGUGGUAGAGAAUGCCGUAGGGAACAUAUCCAGACAAGAAGCUGUAUCUAUGAUUCCACCAACGCUUUUGGAUGUUCAACCACACCAUACCGUCUUAGAUAUGUGCGCAGCGCCCGGUUCAAAGACCGCUCAAAUGAUUGAGUAUCUUCAUAGAGAUAACGAUGAACCUUCUGGAUUUGUUGUGGCCAACGAUGCUGACGCCAAGAGAUCCCACAUGUUGGUGCACCAGUUGAAAAGAUUGAAUAGUGCUAACCUUAUUGUGGUCAAUCACGAUGCCCAAUUUUUCCCAAGAGUUAAGGCUCAUCCAGAUCACACUAACAAGAAGGAUAUUCUUAGAUUUGAUAGAGUCCUUUGUGAUGUGCCUUGUUCCGGUGACGGUACCAUGAGGAAGAAUGUUAACGUCUGGAGAGAUUGGACUACUCAAAAUGGGUUGGCAUUGCAUAACGUUCAAUUAAACAUCCUUAAUAGAGGGUUACACCUUUUGAAAUCUGGCGGUAGAUUGGUUUACUCUACUUGUUCCAUGAAUCCUAUUGAAAAUGAAGCUGUGGUUGCCGAAGCCCUUAGAAAAUGGGGUGGUAAGGUUAGAUUAGUCGAUUGCAGCGAUAAAUUACCAGGUCUGGUUAGAUCUAACGGUAUUAACCAGUGGCCCGUCCUAAAUCGUAACAUGGAAACUAAGGAGAAAGGUGAGGAUGGAACAAAUGACAGUUGGUUCCCACCAACCGAUGAAGAAGCUGCACGUUUCCAUCUAGAUUACUGCGUUAGAGUCUACCCUCAUCAACAAAACACUGGUGGAUUUUUCAUUACUGUUUUGGAGAAAGUGGAAGAACCUGAAUCCACUCCUCAAGCUGACACUAAAGCUUCAGAAGAGCCUGCUAACAAGAAGGCUAAGACGGAAUCCACGUCCACCUCAGCACCUGCUUCUGAAAAGAAGGAAAGAUUACCUCGUGAUGCUAACGAAGAGCCAUUUGCAUUCGUGGAUCCUAACCAUGAAGCCUUGAAGACUUGCUGGGGAUUCUACGGUAUUGAUGACAUAUUUGAUAGAAAUACCUGUCUCGUGCGUAACGCUACUGGUGAACCUACAAGAGUGGUUUACACCGUGUGUCCCGCUUUACGUGAUUUGAUUCAGGCAAACGAUGAAAGAUUGAAGAUCAUUUAUUCUGGUGUCAGAUUAUUUGUGGCCCAAAAGAGUGCCCUUGAAUGCUCUUGGAGAAUUCAAAGUGAAGCUCUACCUAUCAUGAAGCACCACAUGACCUCUAACAGAAUCAUAAAGACAAACGAAGAAUUAUUGAAAUUGUUGCUUGAAGAAUCUUUCCCAAGCUUUGAAAUAAUCGGAGAAAAAAUUGGAGAUGAAUUCGUGCAACAGACUAAGGACAUCUCCAACGGUUGUGCCUUCAUUGAAGUUGAAAGAGACGGUUCUGGCAAGGAAAAUCUGUUCCUACCAGUGUGGAAAGGUAACAAAUGUAUCAACUUGAUGGUUUGCAAAGAAGACACCCAAGAACUGUUGUACAGAUUAUUUGGUGUUGAAAAUUUGCCUAAAUCCAAUAGUGCAAGAAAUAAGAAAGUAGAAUCAAAGGAAGAAACCGAAGAGGAAAAGAAAGAAACAAAUGGUGAACAAAAGGAAACUCCCAAGGAGGAGGCAACCGCCUAA